ACUGCUUGAAUCCGGCGUUACUACAACGCUUUCCUUUAUUCCAGUGCCAGUUGUGGCACCACUAAAUUAUCACGAUUACUCGAGUUUUCUAGUAGCUAAGUAACUUCCCUUACUGGAAAUUUGCAUGAAAACCGUGAAUUGUGACACCUCGCUAAAAGAUGCAUAUUAAAAUUAAUGAUAUCGACAUAAUUCCAUGCGCCCAAAAUUCUUGUGACCAAAUAAUGGAGCCACCAUCUUCUCCUUCCUCCAAAAAACCCAAAUCACACAAAUCUGCUACCUUUCAAUUACAGGAUAUCCACCCAAGUCUAAAUGUCAACCAGGAUGACGACAAUGAUGAUGCUGCUGGAGUCAGUAAUAAUGAUGACAAAGUACCCACCGAACCUACGAUGACCCCACCGACACGUUUCCGCCCAGGAACGCCCGCCCCCUCGUCGAGAGCAAAUUCACCCCACGUGAAGCAAAAGCUUCAUCAAAUGUCAAUGUCCGACAUUGAUAACGACGACGAUAACAAGCACGCGGUGGUGACUGGCUCAAAAUCUGCCCCCGUCCCUUCUUCCCACGUCGAACCACCAAGUCAUCACACCCACCAUCAUCACCAUCAUGUCCACCUCGGAGGAAAACAACAACAAGGUGUCGCCGAGACGGGCAAAGUGGUCGUAGAAUCGGCUGGUAAUUCAAAAAAGGUUGAGCACGUUCACCACCACGCCAAGCAUGCCCACUUUAUGGCGUCGUCCACAACGGCCUCUCGGAAUUAUCGGGAAGAAACGAAAGCCGUCCUUGCUGUCGUAAAGGGCUCCGUUUAUAUCCCGACGAGGACACGGUCACGCCCAGAGUGCAAUAGUUUCAUUGAGACGAGUGAUUUAGGCCCACCUGGGGCCGAUCGACGAUGGUUGAUUGACAUGAAAGGAUUUCGAGAAGAUGAGAUAACAUUUUUCUUGGAUGGAACUAAUCUCAAGGUCGAAGGUCGGCAAACCACGAGACCAGGAAAGAAUUCCCACCAUGUGGAAACCAUCGUGCUUCCGAUUAGCUAUGAAAUCGAGAAUUUAAAAGUGUUUCGAAACAAACAUAUUGGAACGCUGGUCUUGGCUUAUUUGUCAACCCCCUAAAUUUUGUAUACCCACAAAAAGUAAUAUAAGUAAAAUAAACUUUUAUUUUUCUGGCAGAAAAAUAAUAAA